CUUAACAUUAGCAAGUUUAGGUUGAACAGUACGCGCGUAUUUCGCGGUCAUUGACGAAUUUGUCCGAACGUAACCGAUGAUAGACGAAGGUUGCAAAUAUUCGUGUGUGUUAAAUAUUCGUUGGUGUUCGGUUGAGGUACCUCGGCUGGGCAAAAUCACGUAAAAUGGAAACAGAAUUUCGUUGUGGGGUUGAGGUUGAUCGUUGAAAAGUGUGAACAUGGGAAGGUCCAAGUUUCCAGGGAAGCCGCCGAAAACGGUGACCAGGAAACGGAUUAAAGUUCUCGGUCAGCCUGAGACUGUCCAAAACGAUUCGGUAACCGUCGCCGAGAACAUCUACUACGGACUUUCCCUGUUCAAUGAAACAUUUGGUGACAACGAGAAGGAACAUCCGCCAUUCCAUGGUUUUAGCACUAAAGAGGCUAAUCUUUCUGUGUCUUACAUAAAAACGCAGCAACAUGGUACAGAAACUACAAAUAAUAAAAAUCCUUCCGUUAAGGUUAAAAAUCAUGUUUUACAAUGUAGCACUAAUAAAGAUAUUACCAAUGUCAACAAUUCUUCCACGGAUAUGGAAAAUAAUGUAGAAAAAUUAUGCGAUACUAAUAAUACCGAAUCAAAUGAAAAUGUUAAGAAAGAUUUAACUAUAUCGAAUUUAUCGGAUUGUAAAAGGACUACAAAAAUUCAUAAACCUAAAACUCGAAGAAAUUGCAAUAAUAUCAAAUUUUCAAAUUUUAUUAAAAGUCCAGUAUUGAAAUCGGUUAAUGCUAUCCUAGAUCAACAUCAACGUACUAGACAACUACGUAAUAGUACUGCUAAAAGAUUAUUACAAAGAGCAAAAUCUAACAGCAGCAAUGUACGUAACACAAUAGUACAAUCUGCUGCUGUUGCUGCUGCUGCUGCUGUUGCUGCUGCUGCUGCUGGUGGUGGUGGUGGUGGAGGUGGUGGUGACAAGUCCAAUACCGUAAGAAAAUUUAUAUUACCCAUACGCAGUGCUCAUUCGUCGAGAGUUAUAAAACCUAAUAAACGAUUCAUAGAAGAAUUAGAAGAUAUUUCUGGUACGGAGCAUAAUGAAAAUGAUAUUAAUGUAAAUGUUAAAAAAGCUAGAUUUGCAGUUAACAAAUUAAACAAUCAUGAAGAAUCAAAGUCUAAAGAGGAAAGUGUUGAUUUAUUAAAUACUAAAUUCAAAGUUGAUGAGAUUAAAAGUAAGAGUAAAAAAAUUGUUCAAAUUACAACAAGUCAAACGAAUAAAACUUCAACAAAAUCUUCUGAUUCGAGGCAAGAAUCAGAAAGGCAAGUAUCUAAACCUAUUGUUAAAGAAGCUAAGAAAAACAAUAAUACAUCUGCCAAGGUAAAACUAACAAAUAGCUUGUCUAAUGAAUCGGAUGCUAAACAAGAUAGCUCAGAGAAUACAAGUGGAACUGUACAAAGCCCUAAGUCGUCAACCAUCUCGAAAAAUAAUAAACAGACAUCUGUUCCUACUAAAGUUCUUCCUGAUAUUAAUGUUCCAAAUUAUGAGUCUUCCAGAGUUCAAACAAGAUCGGGAACUCAGUGUGAAGUAUUCAACGAUACGAAUAUUCAAAACAAUAUGCAAGAUAAUACUAAAUUAAGAGAAAAUAAUAGUACAGAAAAAGAGUGUUGUUUAAGUAAAGAUGACAAGAAGACAGUAGAGAAUAACUCGGAGGAUAACUUUGAUACAGAAAGUACUUUAUCUGAAAGUGGAAGUGAUCACAGUAAUCAUACGGAAGAUGAACAAUCUGAAUGGUCGGGAAUAAAGUUGAAUGGUGGAAAAGUUAUUUUAAGAAAAGCAAGAUUAAAAUUGGAUAACAAAUGUGUCGGUGGAACAGAAGGCCCAUUUUCUGUAACCAGUACUAAUAAUAAUUCCAAUGGUAGCACAAACCUAGGGUUGACGGGAACUAUAAAAUGUGGUGUUUGCGGAGCUGUACGUUUUUAUAGAUUUGUCAAGCAAGCACGGAAAUUUGGAAUUCACAGUUGUGAAUCUUGUCGUAAAUUUAUCAGUAAAAUGAUUAAACGACAAGGUUGUGCUAAAUCUACAAAUAGUCCUCUUCCUUUUCUCCAAUGUCACAAAGGCGAUGGAUUGUGUCUUGUACCACCUGUUGUUAGAAGUCAUCAAUGGAAUCUCAUGCGUUGUGUUUAUAAAGCUAGAUGUCCAGCUUGUUGGUUAAAAAUGUGUCUCAAGUGUUAUAAUAUACCUGCUACAUUGAGAUCUGGUUUGAAUUCCAUGUUACCGCCUAUAAUGCGAGAUCCUUUAAGUACAUCAGCAUUAUUAGGUCAAGAUGAAAGCGAUUGUCAAGGACAAAAAUCAUCCUUACCGUGCAAAAUAAGCUGGCCGGCGGAAGAUAGUCUGGAGAAAAAUUUAUUCAAGUCUGCAAUGAGUUGGAAGAAUAUUGAAUUAGGUCAAAAAACUACUUAUCAGGGUACAGCUGGUUUUCUUUAUACAAAACUUGAAAAAUUUGAUGCUGUUAUGAGUACAUCGCCAAGUAAAAAGAGAAGAAAGCAUAAUCGAAUUAAAGUGCGGAAGAAAAUAAAAAAUCCGAUACUUCCUUCACCACAGAUAAAUAAUCACCGUCCACAACCGCUUAGACAGAAACUUGAAUUGAAAGGACCAAGAGUAAAGCACGUUUGUCGGAGUGCAAGCGUUGCUCUUGGACAACCAAUAGCAACUUUUCCUUCUUUGGAUAAUAAAGAAGAAUCGGAAAAUAAUAGUCCUAGUUUGAAGGCAGUUACAAAACAAACUAAUCUGCUUGAUAAGAAAAACGAUAAUAAUAAUACGAAAGAAAAAGAAAUUUGCAAGGAUAACAACGAUGAAAAUAAUCACAAUACAAAUAUUAUUACGGUACAACAACAAUCUUAUUCGAAAAAGGGAAAAACACAACAAAAUAUCUCAAUCUCUAAUCUUUCAAUGAUUUCAAAAAGCAAUCUUGAAACAUCACACACAGUGUCUAUAGACUUUUGGGAGCAAUACGAUCCUGCAGAAGUUGGAGUUAAAGGUUUUGCUCUUAUUGGAUCGGAAUUAUUCUAUGUUCCUGCCAUUUGUUUCCUUUGUGGGAGUGCCGGCAAAGAACCAUUGAUUUACUGUCAAUGUUGUUGCGAACCAUAUCACGCUUUUUGUUUGGAACCCAGUGAUUGGAGUAUUUGUUCUCAACCAAAUUGGUGCUGUCCAAGGUGUACAAUAUGUCAAUCCUGCCAUUUAAGAUUUGGUCCAAAAUUAUCUUGUAUUCGUUGUCGUCAGUCAUUUCAUCACACGUGUCUUUUAAAAUCUGGCAUCAGUUCUAGACUUUAUAGUCCUGAUAGACCUUAUGUGUGUCAAAGUUGCAUCAAGUGUAAAAGUUGUGGUAGCGAAGGCGUAAACGUUCACGUAGGCAAUUUACCCUUAUGUUCUAUGUGCUUUAAAUUGAGACAACAAGGAAACUAUUGCCCAUUAUGUCAAAAAUGCUACAAUGAAAAUGAUUUGGAUACUAAAAUGAUGGAAUGCAGUGAAUGUUCUUGCUGGGUACACGCUCGUUGCGAAGGUCUCUCCGAUGAAAAAUAUCAGAUUCUUAGUUAUCUUCCAGAUUCCAUUGAGUUUACCUGUCAGCAAUGUUCUGACAAUCCAAACUCCGUUUGGAAAAAUGCAGUUGAAGCAGAACUCAAAGCUGGAUUCAUUGGCGUAAUUAAAUCAUUGAGUAAGAAUCGAAAGGCUUGUGCCGCAUUAAAGUGGAGUCCUAAAAAAGAAUGUCUUUGUAAAUCCAUUUCAACGACUAAAAAAAUAGAUCUUCCCGAAGAAAAGGCUGCUGAAGUAAAUGGUACAAAUAGUAAAGAUAUUACUACAUCGGAUGAAUCUGAUGACGUAACUGGGAGUGCAGAACAUAGUUCGGUUUCCAGUUUGAAAUCUGAUUUGUCAAAUAAAUCUGAAUUGGAAGAACAACAACAACAACCAAUGGAAGGAUCUACGAGAAAAGGUUUGCGUCGUUUACGACAAAAGUUUCACUUGAAAGAAUGUACUGUGAGGGUGAAGAAUUGUAUCCCUAAAGAUACAUCAGAAAUUGAUAAAAAAGAUCCACCAAUUCGUAAUCAGGAAUCCACUAAUGAGAAAUUAAGUGAAGUUACAGACUGUCAUUGUAUGGAACAAGAAAUUAUUGUGAGACCAUCGGCCACGUCGUUAAUGACUGUAAAACAAAAAGUUAAUAAUAACGAAUAUAAAUCGUUGACCCAAUUUCACGCAGACAUGGAGCAUGUCAUUAACCGUACUGAUAUUAAAGAUUUGAUAGAUGCAUAUCACGAAACUUUACAAGAAAUAUUUCCAUGGUUUGUACCGAAAAAUUCAAAAGCUGAUCAUAAGAUUGGCGGCGGCGGCGGCGGCGGCGGCGGCGGCGGCGGCGGCGGCGGCAUACUCACUCCAAUUCUAGAUGCUGAUGAAAAUAAUGAUUCGUUGGUAGCAAAAUUGGACGAUUCUAUGGUGAAUAUGAUGAUAAACAAGGAAGAAAUAGUAAAAGGUUGCUCUAAAGUUGUUGUAGCAAAAGCAUUGAAUUCAUAUAACACUCAUCAAGAAGAUAGCAGGUUGUGUUGUUUGUGUAAAGGAUUAGGUGAUGGUCAAGAAACGAAGGAAGGCAGACUUCUAUAUUGUGGCCAAAAUGAAUGGGUCCAUGCAAAUUGUGCAUUAUGGUCGAACGAAGUAUUUGAAGAAAUAGAUGGUUCCUUGCAAAACGUUCACAGUGCUAUUUCAAGAGGACGUUUAAUUCGUUGCAAUGAAUGUGGUAAAAAAGGAGCGAGCAUAGGAUGUUGCGCAAAAAAUUGUAACAACACUUUCCAUUAUCCUUGUGCAAGAAACAUAGGUCUUGCUUUUAAUGACGACAAAACAGUAUUUUGUUUUUUGCAUUUAAACAAUUCGACGACGCAUAAGCCGCUGCAUAAUGAAACUGAUUUUAAUUUAAAAAGACCAGUAUACGUGGAACUCGAUCGUAAGAAGAAAAAAUAUGUUGAACCAAAUAAAGUUAAAGUGAUGAUCGGUUCAUUAAUAAUUGAUUGUUUAGGUACAAUUGUACCUGAAUUUUCAGAUACAGUUGAAAAAAUAAUACCUUGCGAUUAUAAAUGUUCAAGGUUAUACUGGUCAACUGUAAAUCCAUUUAAAAUUGUAAGAUAUUAUAUUAGAACGUACGUGCAAGUAUUCGUGCCAGAAGUAUCGGCUGAUUUAGAAAAUAACAUUACCAUUGAUCAUUCCAAAGAACAAAGGAAGGAAGAUCUGUCAAUAGAUAAACAUAAAGUUGAAUAUUUAGCUGUAAAACAAACAUUGGAUUCAUUAUUGGACACCGUAUGUUGUAAAGAAGUCGAUGAAAAUUUAGCUGAGCAAAAUAACACAGAUUUGUUACCUCCUGAAUUAGAAGAAGCUAUUUUUGAGGAUUUACCCCAUGAUUUGUUGGAUGGAAUUUCCAUGCAAGAUAUUUUUCCAAAAAUGACGAUUGAGGAUUUUUUAACUAUGGAUUUGAAAAAUGAUGGCACAUUCAGUAACGAUUUAUUUAAAGACGAUAUGCUACCUUCAGAAGUAGCUGAUUCAUCUAAACCGGUAGAAAAUAAAAUUUCCAAAAUGGAUCCCUCCUUAUUGGAAUUAGGAACGCAUAAUGAUCUGUGGGUACAUUUAGAAGCAAAGACUUCUGUUCAAGAUUUUAUGGAUGACUUAUUUAAUUCUAAAAGUCAAAAACGUGGUGGUAGAGAAUUAAAACGUUCCAAGUCAGAAGUAAUAUCAAAUAAUUCAUUAAUAGUUGGUGGCCCUAGGCAUCAUCAGAGAUCUUGCAGUCUUACUUGGAGUUGCAAAUUGGAUAAUACUUAUGGUCCUAGCAUAAAAAGGAGAAAAUUACCUAGAAACGCAGCAGGCAAGUCGUCUACUGAAACUAGCGUAAUGGUACUUGAUGCACAAAAUGAACAUACGUCUAUGAUUCAUGAAUUGCGAAUUCCUGAAAGUAUAAUGGUUACUGUAGGUAGUGUAGGUAGAGCAAAUACUCCUAAUAUUCUACAUUCUGAUUCGGUACGAGAAAUCAAAUAUUGUAUCGAGGAUUCGAGUGGCAUCAAUCGCCAUGUAUUACCUUCGAGGGGGGAAGAUGGGAAAGAACACAAAAGACUCUUUUGGCAUACGAGACAACAGCCACCUCGUAUAUUACAGGUAGAUGGUUCUGCUGAUCCAAGUAGCGCUAGCGAAUGUAGCUCUCCAGAAUAUAAUAUAGAAGAUAAAACAUCUUUGGAAAGAUCUGAACAUUUAUCGAUUCCUCAAUUGGAUGGUAUCAACGACGAAUCUUCGUGUGACGAUAGCGAAUGGAUCUUAUCCAAGGAAAAAGAUUUCAAUUUGCUUAUACAUCCGUCAAAUGUACAACAUUCGCGAAGAAUUGUUGGUCUUCUCAGGUCACAUUUAUCAUCUCAUAAUGAUAAUAUGCUAAAGGAAAAGGAAAAAGAUCACUUUUCUCAUAUUUCUAAAUCUACGCAGCAUAAAGCGACAAAUUUUGUCAAAAGUAAAGAUCAUCUUAAAUUACAUUUACAAAUUCCACAAUUAGAUGGUGCUGAUGAUGUUUCCAGCGACGAUGAAUGUAUAUCACCUAAACAUACCGAGAAUGAAAUAACAAAUGUCAUUUCAAAUUAUAAUCCAGCAAUCGAUCACACCACUGAGAAACCUGUAACUUGUGAAAGAUGUCGUUGCACAUACAGAACCCAAGAUAGUUAUAACAGACAUCUAAUUAACUGUGAUAUUAUGAUUACAAGCGAUAGUGAUUCUGAAAUAAUGGAUAAUAAAUUAGCGUCUCCGGAUUCCAGAUUUUCUCCAAAUAUUGGAUCAGUAUCUCCACAAUUUAUAACUCUUUCUCCGUCAGAAGGACAUACACUUUCAUCGGAAUAUACUGAAAUACAAGCAACGUCGCCUAUAGAAGCUUCUGUACCAUCGCCCCAUCCAGGAAUUCAAAUAGAACCAAUUGCUCAAGCAAUUAUUACACCACAAUUACACACUCGCGCUACCGUAGAAACUGUUCAUCAAACAGUAUUAACCUCUAAUGACAUGAUUGUGCAGACUCAAUACACUAGAACAACAGCGACAUUACCAAAUGCCGCAGUAUUACCUCAAGAAAGUACCGUUCAGAUAACGGAAAUAACAGAUCCACCAUCGAUUUCCAAUGAUUCCUGUAUCACACAAACUUUGGUAAAUAUGCCAAUAAGUUCUCCAGAUAGUACAAGUUCUCAAAGCGUUCCAAGUCCGCAAGUAUCGCCAAGCUUUUCAUCUACUGGCGUACAAACGGCAACAACAACUAAUGAUGGAUCGUUGACUAAUAUUCAAAUAUCAAGAGUAACAAAAUCAAAAUCACCUCGUGCUGCUAGACCUCGUGCAAAAAACAUCAAAUCCCAUGUUAUCAAAAAUUCCGUACAGUCGUCUCAUAACGGACCUACUAGACUACAACCAAUGCAGACUACUAAUACUCCUGUAAUUCAGUUGCAACAAACUCAAAGACCUAAUGGCCCAACAGUCAUUUUGCAACAAGUUCCUUCGCCGAGUAUUAUGUCUGCAUAUGUUGAAACUCUACAACAGCAAACUGGACAAAAUGUACAAUAUAUAACUGCAAUCAGUGGUCAACAUGAAACUGGAUAUAAACCACAAUUUAUAACAACUAAUCAAUUAGUUCCUGGUACAUACAUACAAACACCAUCCGAUAAUUUAUUGGCGUUGCAGAAUGGAGGAAUAUCAAUAUUACCAAGUGUACAAAUUGCACAGACCCAACCAACAGUUUUGGGAACUAUUAUACAACAGCAACCAAGUGCAAUACAAUGCGGUGUAAUAUCAUCCGAACAGUUAUUAUUGAGUUCUACUCCAACAUUAGAAAUGUUUACAGAUUCAACAGGAAGUAUGUUUGUUUCUAAUCAACCCAUGUAUUAUGGUUUAGAAACAAUAGUGAGCAAUACAGUAAUGUCCUCGAGUCAAUUCAUGACUGGAGCAGUACCUCAAGUCUUAGCAAGCAGUUAUCAGACAACAACGCAAGUUUUUCAAGCUUCUAAACUUAUGGAACCUAUUGUAGAUGUUCAAUCUGUUUCUGGAGUACCCACUGUAACAGCAGUGGAAGCAGUACCGAACAUACCAGGUGUACCCAAUGUAACAGGAUUGCCUACUGUGCCGAGUGUACCUACAGUACCUGCUGCUGCUGCUGCUGCUGCUGCUGCUGCUGCUGUACCUAGUAUACCUAGUAUACCUAGCGUAUCUAGUGUAGCUAGCAUACCUAGUGUACCCAGUGUACUGAGUGCACCUGCCGCCGCACCACCUAGCGUAGCUACUGUACCUAAUAUGCCUAGUUUACCAAAUGCAUCAAAUGUACAAGCCAUGGGAAAUGUACCGAGCGUAUCGGCGCAGGUAACUGGUGUACCACCUGGUGGUUAUGUCGUGGUCAGUCAGCAUACACCAGUACUAGAUACUGUUGUAACACCACAAAUUAAUAUUCCUGCUUCUAUUGAACAAAAUUUUGCUUCUAUCGGAUGUAAUUCUAUCUCGCCGUCACCCUGUAGGACAGUAGUAGAAGCACUCGCAGAUCCAGUUCAAAUAUCAGAUGUGUGUUCGUCUGAAACUCCUAUUACAAUUACACCAAGAAUAACAUCGCCUCCUAAACCCUUACAACAGACAAUGCCAACUAUUCCAAGAGUUGCUGUACGUCCAAGUCCCGCUUCAUCACAUCCAGGCAUACAAUUGAAUUGUGGAUCAUGGAAGAUUACUGAACAAAAAGAGACUGCAUCAUCUUUCGACGCGGAACAAAUUAUUAGUAACAGUGUCAGACCAUAUUUUGAUUCGAAACAUGUAUCAGAAAAUACCAGUAUGAUAAAGGCUAGCAUAUCAUCUAAAAUCCUGCCCUUACCUAAUCAUUGCAUAACACAAAGGAAUAUAAUUGUAAAUAAGUUGAAUCAUGAUGUAAAUAAUGUGCAUAAUAGUUAUAGCGGUAAUGUAUCAAAUUCUAAUGGUAUCAAUGUAAGCACGACGAGUAGUAAUCCAGUUGUAACUAGUUGUAAUCUUCAAAAUAAAAUAACAAUGUCUAUGAGCAAUGUACCAACGAGCAGACCCAUGAAUAGGGUCCUGCCAAUGCAAGCUGUUGUUACACCGAAACAAGAUCUUAUCAAACCUAUAGAAAAAGAUCAAAUCGUUAUGGAAGAACCAAGGAAACCCAUUAUAAAGCCACCUAUUGAAUUAACUAAUGCAGAAUCUAAGAAACAGAUGAUCGAAAGUAUCGUUCCAAUGAAAACAUCUGAAAACGAAAUUAACAACAGUAUAAUAACGGAAACACAGAAAUUGAGCACAGAAACUGUGGACAAAGUUAAAGAUAAUCUCAAAUUGGAACUCGAUAAAGAUAAAUUACAUAGUACGUCGUUAAAGAUCGUAUUGCAAAAGCAAUUACAAGAUGGUUCCUACAAGAUUAGGCACAAUAUGAAAGCAAUAACGCAGAAUAAAAAAUCUCCACAAGUAACAUCAGUAGAGAUAUUACCGACAAAGCAAGUACCACAAAUAACAUCCUUACAACUUUUACCGAUUAAAACAUUUACGUUGAAAACUAAUAAGAUAGAUGACAAAGUUCAAAGUAUAGAUAACAACAAAGUGAAUGUAUUGAAGAAAAGUCCUCCAGUUGCUGUGAAAAAGCCUAGAUUAAUCAGCAAAUCGAUGAUGAAACAACUUCCUCAAAAAGAAGAAACUCCGAAUAAUUCGCAAACACAGAAAAGUUGUUCUAAAGGGCCAAAUCUGAUGUACGAAAUCAAAUCUCAGGAUGGAUUUACGCAUACUGCAUCUUCGAUGUCCGAGGUAUGGGAUAUGGUUUUCCAAUCUGUGCAAAAUGCUCGAAAGGCUCAUAAUUUGCCUCCUUUACCGCAUAAUCCUCUUUCUGAAAAUCUUGGAUUAGAAAAUAAUUCGACAGUAUAUCUAGUCGAACAGUUACCAGGUGUCAAUAGAUGCACUAAAUAUAAACCCAAAUUUCAUAACUUGAAACCAGCAAUAUCCAGCGAAACGGAUAAUGAUCUUUUAGCAGCAUGUGAUAAUGGUGCAGCUCGCGCGGAACCAUUUAAGGGUAGAAAAGUGCAUGACAUGUUUAGUUGGUUGGCAUCGAGGCACAGGCAACAACCAAAAAUGAUUGCCAUCUCGGAAGCAGAAUCAAGACGGGUAACGAGCACAAAUUUACCAAUGGCGAUGCGCUUUAGGAUACUCAAAGAAACAUCUAAAGAAUCUGUUGGAGUAUACCAUUCUCACAUACACGGAAGAGGUCUUUUCUGUUUGAGAGACAUCGAGGCUGGAGAAAUGGUCAUUGAGUAUGCAGGAGAGGUAAUUCGUGCAUCGUUGACUGACAAGCGAGAGAAAUACUAUGACAGUAAAAAUAUCGGAUGUUACAUGUUCAAAAUCGACGAUCAUCUAGUUGUGGAUGCCACAAUGAAAGGAAAUGCAGCAAGGUUCAUUAAUCACUCAUGCGAGCCAAAUUGUUAUUCAAGAGUGGUAGACAUCCUAGGUAAAAAACAUAUUUUAAUUUUUGCACUCCGACGCAUCGUUCAAGGGGAAGAGUUAACGUACGACUACAAAUUUCCAUUUGAGGAUAUCAAGAUACCAUGUACCUGUGGUUCUCGCAGGUGUCGCAAGUAUCUCAACUGAGACUACUGUGUGUGUGUAUCAAAAUUACGCAAACAAACACUCAUGAGAUAGAAAAACAAAACAAAACAAAGAGAGAGAGAGAGAGAGAGAGAGAGAUUGAAAGAUGGGAGAGAUAAAGAUUAAGAUUAAGAUAAAGAUAAAGAUAAGGACAAAAAGAGAAAGAAAGAGAGAAAUAUGUGCUAUAAUUACGCGCGCUUUGAAUAUAGAAUUCAUUUGAUUGAAGGUGGUUAUUCAUUUGAACGUCAAACUAUUUUCUGAAAAAUAGCAGCUUUUUAUUACUACAAAGAGAAAAUAGAUAUGAGCUAUGAGAUUGAUUUAAAGGGCCAGCUACAGAGUGUGAAAAAUGGCGUUUACGACAAUGUUACUUUAGACAACUACGUUCGGUAGUUGAUUUAAGGACUAUACUUAUAGCAAUAAAUGAUUCAACGUGUCCCGCUUUCAUACCUAAAGAGUCUUGCGUGUUGGAAAACACUUGAGACUCUUGAAAGUGUUAUAUUAUUCACGCCUGUGCUUUUCUGCACGAUUUAGGCUUUGUCUAUUAUUGAGGCUUAAGUGUACAAGUUGUCGUACACUUUACACUAAAUAACGAAUUGGACCAAGCUAAACAAAAAAAAGAUAGUGUAUCAUCGAUGUACUGUUUGUAGGAGAUGCACCAUACAUUUUUUAACAGCACUACGUACAUGACAAUUCAAACUUGUUUCACGAAUCAAGAAAGAAAUGCGAUUAAUAUAUUUGUGUAUUAUACGUAACUACGAGAAGAGGAUGAUCGAGGGUAACUUAACAAAGAAUUUUUAAGUGACUGUUUUAAACAGCUGAUAAAUAAUCUCAACAAAUUGAAAUUUCAAUGGAUAUUUCUAAUAGCGUCAGCGAUGUUUUUUCUAUUAUUAUUUUUCUUCUUCUAUCUUUUUAUAUAUUUCUUCUUAUUCUUCUUUGUUUUCUCUUUG